AUGUCGUCAAAACUAGACCAUGACUUUAUUGAGCAUCUUGCAAAACAUGGGGAAAGUAACAAACGCUUUAAAUGGUACAUUACUGCAAUUGUUGCGUUGAGUUCCUUCAACUAUCCGGAAAAGAUUGGGCCACUAUACUUGCACUUGCUAGAACAUUACAUUGCACGUGAGAUUCAUGUUGAGCAGACUCGUAAGAUAAGAGAGGGAUUGGUCAAAUCUGCUGGUCCUCACGGCGCUGCAAAAACACGUUAUAUUACCUUCCGAUCAUUUACUGAUGAAAGUGUUAGCGACGAUGACGACCACUUAUCGGCUCUGGCUCGAGGCGAUGCAUUCCUGAAGAGCCUAUAUCGGGAUGUCCCUGAUCUUAACACAGACGAUGAUUUUAUCAUGGAUAAGCUGGAGUCUAGCCAAGCAAUAAUUACAACGUUGAUCAGCAUUGAUUGCAAAGGGCAAGCUAGGAACCAUAUGAAAGGAAUGAUGUGGAACGGGGCGACAAGAGAAGAGGUCACCAAUAUUCGGGACUCGAUUGUUCUUUUGGCAGAUCAUCUGAGUAUCGCUUUUAGAGAUGGGGCAGUCCAGGUUCCGCCCGACCCAAUCAAUAGCUAG